UAACACUAUGGGGGCAAGAUUUGGAUGGUCCAUAACACGCGCAGGAGAUCUUAAUAAUGAUGGGAUUUUAGAUUUCAUUAUUGGAGCACCUCAAGAUCAACCAGAUAUUGACGGAGAUGGUUUUGGCAAUGGCGCCAUAUAUAUUUAUCAUGGACGUAGGGAUGGUAUAUUUAACGAUUAUCAGCAGAAAAUAACGGCCGAAACAGUCAAGAAGUUUUAUCCUAAUUUUCAGCAGUUUGGAUACUCUCUUGCGGCUAUGGUUGACACUAACAAUGAUCUAUAUCCAGAUAUUGCAGUCGGAGCAUGGAAAAGUGAUAGAGUUCUUUUGCUGAGGACUCGCCCAAUAAUGAACUUGGACGUUUCAUUGACUUUAAGCAGGAAGGAGAUACUUGUGGAAAAUUAUACCGUAUUCUGUCCCAACAGUUCUAUACAAUGUUUGGAUGUUACAGUGUGUUUCCAAUACAUCGGCAAAAGUGUCUCUGGUCCUUAUGAAAUUCAAUACCAGUUCGAUUUGGAUUAUCAAACAUUGCAAAAUUUUAAUAAGAGAGUGUAUUUUAAUGAAUCAAAAAAUAAAAUUUACUCCAAGCGUGAUAAAAUAGAACUUCCAGGCAAGAAUGUUACGUCGUGUGUGGAAUUCACUCAGAUUCAUGUUGAAGAAAAGAAUCUUGUGGACCGAUUGAGGCUUGGAGCCAACAGCAUCGGUUUCAAAAUAAAUUACAGUCUAAUUUUACCACCAAACUGCGAAAAUACGACUUUAUGUCCAGUUUUGGAUACAAGUAAAGGCUCUGUUAGAACGGAACAGGCUACCAUUAUUGUGAAUUGUACUGACAACGAAUGCAAUUAUGAUCUCAAAACGACAAUAAGUGUUGAUGAAAAUGAAAUAAUUAUUGGUGAAACCAAUUCCAGAAAAGUGACUGUUGAACUCAGCAGUUCUGGCGAAGUUGCGUACAAUCCUACCAUUGCAUUAACUCAUGACCCGUCAUUACAAUAUGAAGAUUUCGAUGUAUCCGAUAGAUCUUUUAGAAUUGUGCCAGAUGCAACACUAAGUAGACCUGAUUACGAUUUGUUUCAACUUCAAGGACCCCUUAAUCCAAAUCAAAAGGUGACACUGGAAAUUACAUACUCGACCACCGCUGUAGUUGGUAAAAAAAAGAAUCUGGAAAUUUUUGUUAGGGUGAACGCGCUAAGCGGAAGCGAGAUUAAUGAUGAAAAUAACAACGCCACCAUUUCUAUGAUUGUCAAGCGCAAUGUCAGACUAGAAAUUACCGGGUUGCAAAUCAAGGUGAAAGUGAUUUAGAAGAUGUGAAACUUCAUAUAAGCGUCCCUCUAACCGAAAAAGACAAGGAAUUCAAUUAUCUUCUGUAUCCUGUCAGUA